AUGGACGACGAAGAAUCUUCAACGUCUUCUACCGAUAACCUGGACUGGAGGACGCAGAUGAAACUGGACGAUAUGGCGAACAAUCCGCCGGCGACAUCAUCGUCGAGCAGCAGAUUCUCAUCAGAUGCGGACGACGACGAUUAUUUCAUGAAACCGGCGUCGGUUUCGGCGAUGAAGGACGACGAGAACGCCUGGGUCUCGCCGUCGAAUCCGUUCAUGAGUUCUGAUUUUAGCUCCGGGCCGGACGACGGGUGGUUCGAUAACGACGACUGGUUGCAGCCGGCGUAUACGGAGGUGACGGCGGAACCCGGGUCGAUUUUGGAGAAGGUGCAAAGAUUACACUUAGGAGAGCCAGCGGAUCACACUUUUCAAGACGGGGAGUAUUUCACGCUGACGAACUUUGUGAAACAAAAAGCGGAUAACGAUUUUUGUUUGGUCUUGGAAGUGGCCGAAAGAGCGAGAGAGAGGAAGAUUGAACGGUUGGAGAGUUUACAUCCGACGCCGGAAAUUAACGCGUUACCGGAAAUUCAACAGGCGAUUGUCGAUUUAGCGUUGGAGGUUGACGCGUCUGGUGGGAAAACGUCCGCAUUUCUCGCCAUGUCCGAAGCUGCUGACCGAGCACGAUUGCGUUGGGAGCUCCAAGAGGCCUCUUGGUGCUGGGAUAAUUGGGUCGAAGAGCACAUGGCGCAGUUUGGUAUUUCUGAAAGAGCGGCAAAAUUGUUGCACAUGGGCGACAGAGUGGAAGACGCCAUGGAUUUCGAAGCGUCUUUGUACGACAGAGACGAUGGGGGCUUUCCUGGGAGACGAUAG